AUGCGGUUCUUGUCGUAUUUCGUCGCGGCCGCGCUCACGGUUGGGGCUUUUGCACGAGUUCUGCCCCCUUCCUUGGAUGACUCGGGCAUCGGUCGCCCUGCCACCUUUUCUCUGAAGCAAGAGCGCAACCCAGAGUUUGUCCGCAGCGGCCCGCUUCAGCUUGCCAAAAUCUACCGCAAGUAUGGUGUGCCUCUCCCGGAGGACCUCAAAGCCGCCGUGGCACGAAUCCGGAGAGAGAUGGGCAAGCGAUCUACCGGCAGCGUCGUGACCAAGCCGGAGAAGAAUGAUGUUGAAUACUUGGCACCGGUUUCCAUCGGGACUCCCGGCCAGGUGCUCAACCUCGACCUCGACACGGGAUCCAGCGACCUCUGGGUCUUCAGCUCCCUGACUCCCAGUAGCCAGGUUAACGGGCAGACUCUCUACGACCCAAGCAAGAGCACCACGGCCAACCAGCUGCAGGGGUACACAUGGCAAAUUUCGUACGGGGACGGCAGCUCGUCCGGCGGCGAUGUUUACACCGACACAGUCAAUGUUGGCGGCCUGAGCUUCUCGUCCCAAGCAGUCCAAGUUGCCACAACGGUGUCCAGCGAGUUCACAUCGGACCCUGCCAACCACGGUUUGCUUGGUAUGGGGUUCAGCUCCAUCAACACUGUGCAGCCCGUUGCUCAAAAGACCUUCUUUGACAAUGUCAUUCCCGAGUUGGACCUCCCUGUGUUCACGGCUGACCUCAACCGUGGAGCUCCUGGUCGCUACAACUUUGGGUAUAUCGACCCGAGUGCUUACAAGGGAGACAUCACGUAUGUUCCGGUGGACAGCGACUCGGGCUUUUGGGCCUUUACAUCCCAAGGGUAUGCAGUUGGCUACAGAAACUUCGUGGCAACCCCAAUUAAGGGCAUUGCGGACACGGGUGCGUCCCUACUUCUUUUGCCUAGUGAGCCGAUCUCGGAGUACUACGGCGCCGUGUCCGGCGCAAGGUACGACGCGUCCCAGGGCGGAUUCACGGUUCCAUGCGACACAUCAGCGCCCGACUUUGCCUUUGUCGUUGGUGACCAUGGUGCCACAAUCACGGUGCCCGGGGACUACAUCAAGUACGCCCCGAUAGACGACACUGGAAAGACAUGUUUUGGUGGAAUGCAGGUGGAUACGGAUAUCGGGUUUUCCAUCUUUGGGGACGUGGCGCUCAAGUCUGCCUUUGUCGUCUUCAACGGUGGCAACAGGACGAUAGGAUGGGCAACCAAGGCGACUCCAGGAAAAGACGAACUCAAGACAACUGGUGGCGGUGCAUGAGAUUCGGCCGGGCUAGGUGGGAG